AAUACCAGGAUUCGUUUGUCAUAGCAAGGAGGUCUGUCUCGGCAGAGCAGUUGCGAGAUAUCCACUUGAAAGUUGAAAUUAUGAAAUUUCAGCCUCAGGAAAUCAGAGCCCUCUAAAUUCGUCUGAAAUUUACAGAAAAGAGAUAUUUAAAUUUUAAAGACAAUGGAAAAUGUUAACCUGAAUGCGAUUGAGGAAGCAGCACAGAGGGUCAAAGGUCAUAUUCAUGUGACACCGGUAAUGACCUGUGGAAUGCUCAACAACAUGGCUCCAGGAAGAAAUCUCUUUUUCAAAUGUGAGCUACUCCAGAAGACCGGUUCUUUUAAGAUUCGUGGUGCUUUGAACGCAGUAACCAAGCUUGUCGAGGGCUUACCUGAGGGACACGAGAAGCCAAAAGUAGUUACUCAUAGCUCAGGAAACUUUGGUCAAGCUUUGGCCUAUGCUGCCCAGCUCAGGGACCUGGGGGCGUAUGUGGUGAUGCCGGAGACCGCUCCAAAGUGUAAGGUCAAUGCUGUGAAGGGGUAUGGAGCUGAAGUCAUCACAUGUAAACCUACAGAAGAGUCGAGAAGAACAACAGGUGAGGAAGUCCAGAGGAGAACAGGUGCUCAUUUCUUUUCACCAUCACAGACAUAUGACGUCAUAGCAGGGCAAGGUACCAUCGGUCUAGAGCUACUUGAUCAGAUACCAGAUCUGGAUGCUGUCAUUGUACCAGUGGGAGGAGGAGGAAUGAUUUCUGGUAUUGCAACUGCCUUGAAGAGCAAGAAUCCAGCAAUCAAAGUCUAUGCAGCUGAACCAGAAAAUGCAGAUGACUGUUUCCAAUCAUUCCAAGCAAAGAAACUCAUCCCUCUACCGCCGGGUCCUGUGCAUACGGUAGCUGAUGGUUUGAGAGUUUCCAUCGGAGAGUCCACUUGGCCAAUCAUUGAGAAGCAUGUUGAUGAUGUCAUCACAGUCACAGAAAAUGAGAUUAAGGAUGCAACUCGUCAUAUAUGGCAGCUGAUGAAGCUCUUCAUCGAGCCGUCUGCUGGGGUGGGCAUCGCUGCAGCUCUCAGUCAAAAGUUCUCUCUCAAGUCUCAGGAUUUAAAGAAUGUUGCUGUAAUCCUAUGCGGUGGCAAUGUGGACAUAGACUCGGUUAAACAUUGGUUAUGACUUAUGAGAACUACAAUGCCUCGUGGGCUGAGAGAAAUUCAGGAAAAUGAUAGUGGAAUUAAUCAGAAUUAACAUUGGAAACAUGUUUAAUUCUCAUGCAGGGAAGAAUGGAACAUGAUUUUAUGAUCAAGGAAAGUCCUGAAAAUGAGGGCAGCUGUUUAUUUCCAUGGUGAGGUUGUCUCAAGAAUCCUUUGUGGAAUGAAGGCAACAUAAGAGAAGCGUUAUGAAAUUUGGAUCACAAUGAAGGAGUUUGCAAGAAUCUUAAGUCAAUUUAAAGGAGACUUAAACAGAAUUAAAAAGAAGAAGAAGAAGAGUGCAGGGUCUAAGAGGUACAGCAAAGAGGACUUUGGGCACAAAGAACCUCCUACCAUGCUGCUCGUGUUGUUCUUCGAGCUAGGAGACAGGAUCAUGCAUCACCCCACUUAGACAACUUCAUUGGCUACCGGUCGAAAAAAGAAUAAUAUACAAAACCGCACUGUUUGUUUACAAAUGUACACAUAAUGUUGCACCUGAA